AUGGGUAGCUCAGUAUCACAUAUACUCAUAGCCAGAAAUGUACACUUAUAUUCCAAGAAGUGUAAAGGUAAUAAGGACAAACAGGAGAAACAAAAGAUGACAAAGAAAAAUCCAUCAAAAAAGAUAAAAGAGUCAAAUGAUUAUGUUUCUGAAAGCACAACAACUUUGACAAAAGAACAAGAAAUGAUCAAAUCACUUCUGAAAAAAACAAAAAGUGAACAAAUUGAGGUGAUUUACAAUUCAGAUUUAUUGGGGUUUGAACAAAGAGAAAUUAGAACAAAAAUAUUAGGAGAACAAAAUAUUAUAUUUCUUGUUAUGACUGAAAGUGGUUCAAUCUUUGGGUUUUAUCAGAAAGAUAUGAUCAACAACAUGAAAUGCUGCAAACAACUCAAAGCGACAUCAAAAGAUUUCUUUUUGUUUGGAAGUCCUUAUGUAUAUCAAAAUCUGUAUUUUUAUAAAAGAAAAGAACAAAUUGAAAACAAAGAUUCUAAUUCAUUUACAUUGUAUGAAGAUGAAAACAAUCUUGUUUUAUCAUGUUAUUCUUCGUUUUGGAUAAAAAAGAAUAAGCAGAUUGAAUUUAAUGUGUGUAAAAGAAUAUUAUGA